GAGGGCGCUGUGGCACUCGGGAGGAACCCUUUAUGAAGUCGAAGGGCGGAGGCGGAGCUCCAGUUUGUCGUACGUGUGCUUCUUGGCUGCAUUAAAUUAGAAGCAUAGCAGUUUAAGUCGAAACCAUGGUGUUGCUCGAAAAUGACUCGUUUCUCACAGAGCUCACUCGACUCUUCCAGAAGUGCAGAACGUCAGGCAGUGUUGUCAUCACGCUAAAGAAGUACGAUGGUAGAACCAAACCAGUCCCCAGAAAGGGCCAUCCAGAGUCAUUCGAACCUGCUGAUAACAAGUGUCUCCUCAGAGCAUCUGAUGGGAAGAAGAAAAUUAGCACAGUGGUCAGCACCAAAGAAGUAAUCAAGUUUCAAAUGGCAUAUUCCAACCUCCUUAGAGCUCACAUUGAUGGGCUAAAGAAAAAAGAUAAAAAAAGCAAAAGCAAAAAAACCAAAGCCACUCAGUGAUCCACAGACUCUUGUGAAAACCGUGGAAGCUGUCCCACACAACCGGAGGGAAUAUGGGAAGGCAUCAGCUGAUCUGCAGCCCCGCUCAGCUCUCCUUUGUUCAUCCGAGGCCUCAGGACCAUCGUGUUGAUAUCUUACCAUCGUUUCCAUGGUGAUGCUUCAUCCCUGGCUUCUGCGUGCCAUCGUUGAUUAGGAACUGUAAAUCGAGGAUUUAAUUUUUGUCGUUGCUGUCCAGAACGAAUCAUGCCAACUUCAUUGAAUCUCCAGUGUUUUGUGUUCAGAACAGCUGUGCUGCCUCUGGAGCCGGAUCUAAGAAGCCUGUUCUUUCUGAUGGUUGAUCCUUAUUUAUGACAGGUUGGCAUAUUUUGUUUUUUUUGUUUGUUUGGUUUUUUUUUGUUUAUUUUUUUUACAUAUUGAUUAUUCAUCAACAGAUUUAAACCAGACUGAACUGGCCCCUUGUUUUGGUCCAAAAUGACUUUAUUUCACUUUACUUUGUUUACCUUUCCAGAACAGUGACUAAUAUUUUGCCCCAAGCUCAGACUAGUCCAUUAAAUGUUAAUUCUGUUUUCAUUUCUCUAAUGACUUGAUUAAAUUAGGACAAAAAAUGGUAAGAUUCAGAGGAAUGUUUGAGCUAUAAAUGCAGUGUGUAGUGAGUGUUUGUUCUUUCGUGCCCCUGAGCCCCACUUUCAUUUCAGAGGACUGCAGCAUAACUUAAGUUCACAAAUAAAGUGCUUUUGUUUAAAUUCA